CUGUCCAUUAAGCGAAUAUAGACAAAUAUCUCCAUCACUGCCAAAGCACCAUAACAGGCAAAGCUAAGAACCACCUCCGCGGCUCCGCCGCUUCCCACCGUUAAUCUUGUCACUCACUUCGCCGCAGCAGUCUUCAUAUCAACUUUACCAUCAGCCAAAACUAUUCCAGAAUUCGAAGCAAUGAGUAUUGCGCGGCGCUUAUUAAGCUUUCCUCUCCCGUCACGGACCAAAGCCAUCGCCGCCGUCGGAGGCAGCGGCGAGUGAAGAGAUCGGAAGAGUGGUGGAGCGGAGAUCGAAGAAAAGAGGGAUUUUGAAGGCUUGAAGCGAGGAAGAGCGAAAUGCUGGGCUCGGGCUUGAACCUCGUCACGACAGUCAUAGGGUUUGGAAUGAGCGCCACCUUCAUCGUUUUUAUCUGUGCUCGAUUGAUCUGCGGCCGGAUCCGCUCCUCGGAAUCUCGAGCCGCUGCCUUCGGCUUAGAGCACCGCUCUGAUCUGUACACGGCAGAACAUGCAUUUCAUGGUCUAGAGCCAGUUGAAGUCGCUGCAAUCCCCACGGUGAAGUUCCGUCGCGAGGCUUUCCACUCCAAGGAAGAUGCCCAAUGCUCCAUAUGCUUAGGGGAAUAUGAAGACAAAGAGAUGCUGCGGAUAUUGCCGGCAUGCCUUCAUAACUUCCAUCUAAAUUGUAUAGAUGUAUGGCUACAGAAGCAAUCGACAUGCCCAAUCUGUCGUUUGCCAUUAAAUGUUAUUCACGAACAAAGCUUGGCAUCUCCUUUUGCCAGAUCCCAACAAGCUCAUGGAGAUGAGCUUGGCAAUGAUCAUUCUAAUUCUUGGCUUCUACCUACCUAUCAACAUACAGGAAGCAGUGGCAAUAACUUGGAAAUGGAUGAAACUAUUUCCAUAGUUGUUGGAGUUGCAGAUGGAGACCAUGAGAGUGGUGCUUAGUGCAUCAGAGUCACACCUGCAUUCACGAAGCGCAGGAAGUUGUCUUCCUGUUUGUUUGGGCCGGCUUUUUUACUGCUUCUUAAAGUAGCAUUUGAGCACAAAAAUUUUAUCUUUUGUACUUAAAAACUGAUUCAAGAAGCAGUAAGAAAGUCAUCCCAAACGAAGCCUUCAUCUUGGAUCCAUAGAGAUGACGGUAUCACUCUACAAUAACUUGAAUGCCUCUUGAUCUUUUGAACUUCCAAUACAACACAAUUGUUCAAUUUUGGGAAUUUCUAGGUAACUAUGAACUGAUUGGGUAUGAGAUCUGGAUGCCUAUUUCUGCUUCUUCUCUUUUGAUUUUGUAAUUGAUUGUUCUAGAGAGGAUGCCAUGAUGAGCUCUUUGAGGAAACUUGUUUAGAGGGAGAUCACUUUCUUUGCAUUGUUAAUUGUCAUUUUUUAAUGCAUUGAUAUAGAUACUGGACAUGGAUAUAUUGAAUUGAAUUUGGAUGUGUGUUCAUGCUUGCGACGCAGCUCAGCUCAA